CGGGACUCCGCCAUGGGAAGCGCACGAGCGGGGCCCGGUACGAGGUCGCCCUGACGCGAGGCGCGCGCCGCCACGCCUCCCCCGCAGCAGGUGCCGUCAUGAGCGCCUCGUCGAGCGACGACAGCGGCGUCGACGUGCAGCUGCGACGGAACAAGCGCAAGUCGAGCGAGCCCCGGCGACGACGCGCGACGCGGCGCCGCCCCGAUCGGGGCACCGACGACUCCGGAGAGGACGAAGAAGGCCACCGGAGAGACUCGGUCAUCCGGGAGGCACCGGCCGGCAAGCUCGCGACCGCCGCCGACGAGGACCUGGGACUCGACCUGACCACGACGUCCAGCUCGCCGGCGACCUCGGCGUCUUCGGGAGUCGCGUGCAGUGCGGAUGCCGACGACGAGUGCCUCGACUUGCGUGCUCUGGCGCCUCCGCCGUGCUCGUCGGCCGCCUACGACGCCCGCGAUGGCGGGCUUGCGCUGUUCACCUCGCGGACGGACUUGCACCCGCGUCGGGACGCCGUCGCGUCGGUGUCCGGCGCCCGGGGCGCUCCGAAGGCGGCCUGCAGGAAGCCAUCGGAGAAGAGGCCCUCGCACGUCCUUCUCGAGCCCCCGGAGGAGCUCCCGCGCUUCUCUCGGCUGCCCCCGGUGCCCUUCGACGCCAGUGACGUGGAGCUCAUCCCGCGGACUUCGAGCGCGGACGGCGUGUCCCGUCCCGCCCAGCGGAACUACAAGGGCAUGACGCGGCAGCGUCGCAUCGAGGCGAACGCCCGCGAGCGUUCCCGAGUGCACACCAUCAGCGCGGCCUUCGAGGCGCUCCGUCGCGCGGUGCCGGCGUACGCGGACAACCAGAAGCUGUCCAAGCUGGCCAUCCUGAGGAUCGCGGCCGCUUACAUCGUGGCCCUCGCGAGGCUUAACGACCAGGACUACAGCCGCGACCGGAGGGCCCCGUCGUUCGCGGAGUGCAUCGACCUGUGCACCCGGACCAUCCAGGCGGAGGGCAGGGCGCGACGAAGGAGCACGACCUCGACCGCCAAGGAUUCAGCGGACCUUUCCAGCUGACAGGAGCGGAACCGAAGAUCAGGCGAGCCUUGAUCCUGAAGCGGGACGGUGUGUCUCGAAGGUCCGUCCCACUGCUCAAGCCUGCAGCAUUCUCAGUGCCACGGUGACGUGUUCGACGGGGGGUUGCACCCGAAGCAAUCGCAGACCCUAUGUGCACCGCCGACGCAUCGUCGUGGACACGUCUGGAAUCGCCGCAGCCGCUCGAGUUCUGGUGCUCAAGUGAUCGUGACAGUUACGCAAUCUCGACGGCGAACGGAUGCCCCACGAAUUACCUCCGCCGAACUGGCACAGAUACCCCGUUCGCUGCCAUCCUGUAUAGCUCGCCCUCCGAGAACAUCGCAUCCAAGUUGCCGGAAACGCGCGUGGACGGGCGCGUACAGACUACUGCUAUGCCGCUAACUGUUACCGCAUCGAGGCAAUCGAGGUGCGCUUUAUAUAGAGAGUUCUCUCGUGUCAGUUCGUCACGCAGGGAUUUCGGCGAAGCGGUUGUCUUUGUCAAACAAAGAAAGCCUCGAGUCGACCGCCGCUGGCUCGCGGGUCUACCGUCGUGUCGAAGAUGAAGGUUCGUCGGUAUAGUGCCACACGCAAGCGCCAAGUCGAAGCAGGACGCGUUUCGCAUUAUCUUGUCAGGUCUCUUGAUGACAUGGGCAGUGCGCGCGGGGAUGUAGAAUAUUGAUUCGUCGAUUUAUAUCGCGGCGUGAACCGGCCAUGGUCACUGAGAGCUUAAAAAACGCUGGGCGGGGCUUAGUACGUUUCCUCUUCGCGAUUGAUUCGUUGGAGUUCCUGUCAGCUAGCUAGUGAAACAAUCUGAUUGGCUGCGAAGCAAUAAUGUAUUCGGGACGCGGCGCUCCCUACGUUUAUUGAGCUGUCAGUGACUGUAGUUUCGUAGGGUGCUGUACUUCAUUCACGAGAUGAAAUUGGGUGAUGGAUCUGUGCUUUUAUAGAUUUCAGCUCGAACAAUAAUCUCGGUAAAAAGUAAACGAUAUAAAUCUUUUUUUUUUUUUGUAGGAUGGUGGGUUAUUUUUCGUCAACGCGUAAAAAUUACAAUUUUUUUUUUCCUGGAUAAAAAAAGAAAAAAGACAGGGCAAUUGAUGUUUGGAUCGAGUCGCAGUUUGAGCUAUAUACACUGGUGGUAAAUUUUGCUUUUGUGAGAAAAGGGGUUAGCAGAGUUUUCCUUCCCCCUUUAAAAUUAUUUUUUUUUAUUUACUUUUUGUCAUUUUUAUUAUUUAUAACGUUGCAACCGCGGCAACGCACGUUCACCACUCCGUUACCGUCUCAGUGUAAAAUUACGGCCCCCGGCGAAACGACUCAUUGACCGAAUCGACGUCACAAUAAGAUAUGAGUCACCCCGCACUGUCGCCGCCAAAAACUACGAAGCGGCGGCUCCAGAUUGUUAGCCCGGUUACAAAUACAAACCGACAGGGUGUCGGCAUGGGUCUUCGGUCUUCGAAAAACGUAGUCACCUUUUGGCUCAUCUUUGUCGCAGAGCUUUAUAGCGUCCCGUCGUCUCAACAACGAACGCAGACGCGCGUGAGUCGGUUCUACAACGAAUGCGGAGUUCGUCGACCUAUAGCACGGCUGUUGCUCCGCGAGUCGCAACAGCUGUGUUGCUCAGUGCUCCACCGCGCCGCUAACGUCGCGGUUCAACCCCGGAAGAUGUCCGAGAUUCAGCCGCACGAGGACUCUCGAUCGUGUUCAUCGACGUCGUUCGUGUCCUUUGUGUGCGUGUGCGUGCGUAUGCUCGUGUCACGUGAACAUUUGUGCGUAUAGGUGUGCGUGUGUGUUUGCGCGUGUGAAUGAGCGUCUCACGCUUAUCUCGAGUCAAAAAGAAUAAAUUAUAUCAUCGCGCGAGAAGCGAC